CAGCCGCCACCACUGCGGUCGCUGCAUGCAAGGGCUUCUGGGAGCCGAGCCUCGGGGUCUCGGGGAAGGGGCGCAGGUAGCCGCCAUCUUGAGUUGAGAACCUUGUCGUUACGCUCAACGCUAGGGGCGGAGUGGCGACCCCACUGUUACCUGCCGCGGACGCCGCAACCGGGAGCUGGGAAGUUAAGACACCGUGUAUUGCCACAUUAAUGGAUGCCAUGGCUAGUCCAGGGAAAGAUAACUAUAGAAUGAAAAGUUACAAGAAUAAAGCCCUAAAUCCCCAAGAGAUGCGUAGACGAAGAGAAGAAGAAGGAAUACAGCUUCGAAAACAAAAAAGGGAAGAGCAGUUGUUCAAACGCAGAAAUGUCUCUUUGCCCAGAAAUGAUGAAUCUAUGCUAGAAAGUCCUAUCCAGGAUCCGGAUAUCAGUUCCACUGUGCCCAUUCCGGAGGAAGAAGUUAUCACCUCAGAUAUGGUUCAGAUGAUUUUUUCUAACAAUGCUGAUCAGCAGCUAACAGCAACACAGAAAUUUAGAAAGCUGCUUUCUAAAGAACCUAAUCCACCAAUUGAUCAGGUUAUACAGAAACCAGGAGUUGUACAGAGAUUUGUGAAAUUUCUUGAAAGAAAUGAAAAUUGUACUUUACAGUUUGAAGCUGCAUGGGCAUUAACUAAUAUAGCAUCUGGAACUUUUCUGCAUACCAAGGUAGUGAUUGAAACUGGGGCUGUUCCAAUUUUUAUCAAACUUCUUAAUUCAGAGCAUGAAGAUGUGCAAGAGCAGGCUGUUUGGGCACUUGGUAAUAUUGCUGGUGACAAUGCAGAAUGCAGAGAUUUUGUUUUGAAUUGUGAAAUACUUCCACCUCUUUUAGAGUUAUUAACAAAUUCAAACAGACUUACAACAACCAGAAAUGCCGUAUGGGCCCUCUCAAAUUUAUGUAGAGGCAAAAACCCUCCUCCAAACUUUAGUAAGGUUUCACCUUGCUUAAAUGUCUUGUCACGAUUGUUGUUUAGCAGUGACCCAGAUGUAUUAGCAGAUGUGUGCUGGGCCCUUUCUUAUCUUUCUGAUGGACCCAAUGAUAAAAUUCAAGCAGUCAUUGAUUCUGGAGUCUGUCGAAGAUUGGUGGAACUUUUGAUGCACAAUGAUUAUAAAGUUGUAUCACCUGCAUUAAGAGCAGUUGGUAAUAUUGUGACUGGUGAUGAUAUUCAAACACAGGUAAUUCUGAAUUGCUCUGCAUUACCAUGUCUCUUACACUUAUUGAGUAGCCCAAAGGAAUCAAUCAGAAAAGAAGCCUGCUGGACUGUUUCUAACAUCACUGCUGGAAAUAGAGCUCAGAUUCAGGCUGUUAUAGAUGCAAAUAUUUUUCCUGUUUUGAUUGAGAUUCUUCAGAAAGCAGAGUUUCGCACCAGGAAAGAAGCAGCUUGGGCUAUAACUAAUGCAACAUCAGGAGGUACUCCAGAACAAAUAAGGUAUUUGGUAGCCUUAGGUUGCAUUAAACCACUUUGUGACCUAUUGACUGUUAUGGACUCUAAAAUAGUCCAAGUGGCUUUAAAUGGACUUGAAAAUAUUUUACGUCUUGGAGAACAAGAAUCUAAGCAGAAUGGAAUAGGCAUUAAUCCAUACUGUGCUCUCAUUGAAGAAGCAUAUGGUCUGGAUAAAAUUGAAUUUCUGCAAAGCCAUGAAAAUCAGGAAAUUUACCAAAAGGCUUUUGAUCUGAUUGAACAUUACUUUGGUGUAGAGGAAGAUGACCCCAGCAUUGUACCUCAGGUGGAUGAAAGUCAGCAACAGUUCGUGUUUCAGCAGCAGGAAGCACCAAUGGAAGGGUUUCAACUUUAA